AUGCAAAGUGGCAGGGCAACAGAAAAAACAGAUUUAUACAGGUUUGGAGUCUUGGUGCUGGAAGUUUUGAGUGGGAAACGACCCACUGAUUCAUUAUUCAUUGAGAAAGACUUGAAUAUUCUAGGAUGGUUGAAUUUCUUGAUCCUUGAGGACCGUCAAAGAGAAAUAAUUGAUCCACACUGCGAUGGCAUGCAGAUUGAAAGCCUGGAUGCUUUGCUCUCUGUUGCCAUUCAGUGUGUUUCCUCAGCUCCAGAAGAGCGGCCUACAAUGCACAGAAUGGUGCAAUUAUUGGAGUCAGAGGCUCUACCCUCUCUCCCCGAAUGUUUCUCUCAUCCACAAGCUCUAUCCUCCCUUCCCGAUGUUUCCUCACAUUCACAGGCUCCAUCCUCCCUCCGUGGUUCAUGCGUGUCCGCUAUUCAUGUCAUUGCCUAUAUUGUAUAUAACACAGCGGUCGUGAAUGGCAUGAAAGCAAGUUGGUUGCUUAUAGGUCAUCCGCAAGAUAGUGCAAAAGAAAAGAUGGCUGCAGUCCGUGCAUGGUUAUUGAUGGCAUUACUCGCAAGCAUUUGCUUGGUGAAAGAAAAUAAUGCAGAAGAUAUUGGUUACGGCACUAUUGGAAAAGGUGGUGGUGAAGUUCAUUGUGGAGUUGGACAUAAGGGGAAUUGUCGUCCUCAUGAAGCAGCGCCCUACCAUAGACCUUGCCAGAAAAAGGAUGGGUGUAGAGGAGAUCCACCGAACACGGAAAAGAUAGUUGAACAUGAUGGAAAUUUGCCGAAGCCCAAAGCAGGGAAGAGAAUUAAAGAUGCUGAACAGUUGCUUCACUCACUUGGGCCAACUCCCAUGUGAGUUUGUCAAAGUAUGCAAGAGAAGGAGAUAAAAUCUCUUUCCUCGUUAAAAGAAGAGAAGAAGAUCGAUGAACUCUCGCACUUUGUCGAGUUAUGUUAUAUCUAUUUGUUGCAUGAUGUGUGUAGUACAUGUUGCUGGGUCAUUUUGUUUACAUUCUCUAAGCUACCUUCUAGGGAAGAUGAUGGCCCUACUGAAUUUCUUAAGCUUAAUUAGCCAAAUUUCUUCGCAUUAUGGAGGAACUUGGUUUGUGUCAUGUUAAUAGAGUGUUUCCUUUUUAUCAAUUAUGUAAUACUACCUUGAUCCACAAUAAAGUACUGCUUCCUCGCAGAGGCAGCUUAUUUCUUUA